AAUGGGCAGUAAAACCUUGCCAGCGCCUGUGCCCAUUCACCCAUCCCUGCAACUCACCAACUAUUCCUUCCUUCAAGCAGUGAACGGCCUGCCCACGGUCCCCUCAGACCACUUGCCCAACCUGUAUGGUUUCAGUGCGCUGCACGCUGUGCAUCUGCACCAGUGGACACUGGGCUACCCAGCCAUGCACUUACCGCGCUCCUCUUUCUCUAAAGUGCCAGGCGCUGUAUCCAGCCUGGUGGACGCGCGCUUCCAACUGCCUGCCUUUCCCUGGUUCCCUCAUGUUAUCCAGCCUAAGCCCGAGAUCACCGCUGCAGGCAGCGGCCCCGCAGCACUUAAGACCAAGCCGCGCUUUGAUUUCGCCAACCUGGCCUUGGCCGCCACACAAGAAGACCCAUCCAAGCUUGGCAGGGGGGAGGGCCCUGGCUCCCCAGCGGGUGGGCUGGGCACACUCCUGGAUGUGACCAAGCUGUCUCCAGAAAAGAAACCCACAAGAGGACGCUUGCCUUCCAAGACCAAGAAGGAAUUUGUCUGCAAGUUCUGUGGUCGCCACUUCACCAAAUCCUACAACCUACUUAUUCAUGAGCGGACGCACACUGAUGAGCGGCCCUACACCUGUGACAUCUGCCAUAAAGCCUUCCGGAGGCAAGACCACCUAAGGGAUCACAGAUAUAUUCACUCCAAAGAGAAACCCUUCAAGUGUCAAGAGUGUGGGAAAGGGUUUUGCCAGUCCAGGACUCUCGCUGUCCACAAGACGCUACACUCACAAGUGAAGGAGCUCAAAACUUCCAAGAUCAAAUGCUAAAUAAAGCCUCAGGGUGUGCAGGACCCUGGGUCAUGCCGUCCUCCUCUCCUCCAGCGACUCUGGAAGACGAAGGCGACUCUGGCGGUCAGCGGUAGGGGCUCUCGGGACCUUCCCCCACCCAAAAUAGUGUCCCCUGGGUCCCCGGCGCACGCGGCACUCCAGAGCCCUGCCCGAAGCUAUGACCCCAGCCGCCCGGGCGGUUCCCCCAGGACGUGGCUAAACUCUUGGCCAAAAGGCGGUACUCACGUGGCGGAAGGGAAACUGCAUUUAAAAAACAAUCAAAGCUCCGCAAAGCCGCAGAGGCGCCUCUCCCAAAAGUAUUACUUUUUCUAUUGUUAUUUUAUACGUUUUCUUUUUUUUUUUUUUUCCCCCUCCCUUUGACCAUAUAAGCUUGUAACUCUGACUGCGGAGAGUG